GUACAUAGGUAACAAAAGGAAGACAAAGGAAAAUGUGGGCCUGUUGCUCAAUGAGAUAAGGGACUUGGUUAUGCAGGACAUGGAGAAGGCUGAACUACCAAAUGCCUUUUUUUUCACCUGGUCUUUACUAGUAAGACCAGGAUUCGGGAAUCCCAGGUGUCAGAGACUAGGUGGAAAGGCUGGAGUAAGGAAGAUGUACCCUUGGUAGAAGAGAAUCACUUAAGAGAUCAGGGAAUACUUGGGUGAACUGGACAUAUACAGGCUCAUGGACCAUGAUGGGAUGCACCCAUGAGUUCUGGGUGAGUUCCCUCUGCAGGAUGUCACUGCCAGGUGACUCUGGAUCAUCUUUGCCUGAUCAUGGUGACUGGGAGAAGCGCCUGAAGGCUGGAGGGAUGUCUCUGUACAAUUAGAUGCUAAGGACCAGCAGGCUGGAAAGCAGCAAGGCAGAAAAGGAUGUAGCGGAAGUGGCACCAAGCUUUCUUCUCUGUGAUUGAAGUGGAUGUGGAGACCCUUCACUGCUGGUGGUUAAGUCCUAUUUCCUGACGUUUGAAGAGCAAACAGCACCAGGGCUCCAUGAAUUGCAAAACUGCAGCAAGUGUGGCAGCCCUACCUACGUCCAGCUUUACUCCUCUACUGUGACAUUCUUCUUGGAACCCUUGGUUUCAUCCCCCGUGGCUGCUCAGUGGCCUGCCUCAGCAUCAGAGCAGAGGAGGCAGCUAGUGGGUCAGGGAGAACCAUGGCCUUGAGCUUCUAUGUCUUUCACCUCUUCUAUAAGUUCAAAGUGUUGGUGCUUGUCACUUUGUGUUUGAUGGUGCUAUGGGCCACGGUCAAUUACUAUGUGGACUCCAGACAGGAAAUUCCUAAAGCUAAGAGUAUGGUGGAGGAUUUCAGGAAGGUGACUAGCCUGGAGCGCAGCCAGAAGCAAGAGAAGAUGGAAUCAGUUGCAGUUCCCACAGUGAAAUCACUUCAGGAUGAGUGCCCAGCUCUGUCUCCGUACCUGAUUGGUGCCAGCAAACUCACCUUCAAAGCAUCUCUCACACUAGAAGAAGUGCAAAAGGAGAACCCUCAGGUAGCCAAGGGUCGGUACCACCCUCCGGAGUGCUCCGCACAGCACCACGUGGCCAUCAUCAUCCCACACCGCAACCGAGAGAAGCAUCUGCUGUACCUCCUGGAGCACCUCCACCCCUUCCUGCAGAGGCAGCAGCUGGACUAUGGCAUCUAUGUUAUCCACCAGGCUGGCAGCACCAAAUUUAAUCGUGCUAAGCUGCUGAAUGUAGGAUACCUAGAGGCCCUAAAAGAAGCUAACUGGGACUGUUUCAUUUUCCAUGAUGUGGAUCUGGUGCCAGAAAAUGACUUUAACAUUUACACGUGUGGCCCCGGACCAAAGCACUUUGUAGUUGGCAGGAACAAUACUGGAUACAGGUUACGGUACAAAGGAUAUUUUGGAGGUGUAACUGCUCUAACAAGGGAUCAGUUUGCCAAGGUGAAUGGAUUCUCUAACAACUACUGGGGCUGGGGUGGAGAAGAUGAUGACCUACGAAUCAGGGUUCACCUGCAGAAGAUGGGAGUGAUGAGGCCACCUGCUGAGGUAGCCAGGUAUACAAUGAUCUUCCACAAGCGAGACCAUGGGAAUGAGGAGAAUGAAGAGAGGAUGAAGCUUCUAAGUCAGGUGUCUAAAACAUGGAAAACAGAUGGGCUGAACUCCUGCUCAUAUAAACUGCUCUCAGUGGAACGUAACCCUUUAUAUAUCAACAUCACGGUGGACUUCAGUGCGCAGCCCAAGGUCUCAUAAGGGUGAGCAACACACAGGGUAUGCAAAUGGCAACAGAUCUUGUUUGCUUGAAAGAGGACUUCAGUAGCACAGGAGAGUCUUUCUUCACAGUGUCUGAUUGAUUGGGAAUUCCCUUUUGUGAGGGCUGGAGCCAUGGGACAGGUCUUUGUGUUCUGCUGGGACAUUCACAUUAGUGCCCUUCUUUGGGCUGGGCCAGUGGAAGGACUUGAACCAAGUCUUGUGGAUAAAAGACUUGCUCUUGCAACUAUUCCUAAAUUUCUUGUGGGCUCAUUAAAAGGACAAGAAUCCUUCACCAAGUCCAAACUUGCUGAGGAAAGCUGCUUUUUUUUCCAGCCUGUGUGUGAGGGAAGGAGUAUGGUCAUGGGUGAGGAGAUGUUAAAGAUCUCUCAAUAAAUACACUCCAUUGACUGCAGAA